AUGUCGACUCCCGAUAUUUCCCAGCUUACUGCGACCCAGCAGGAGGCUCUUCAGACAUACACUUCAGUCACGGAUCAAGAUCCGCUUGCGGCCAUUGCGAUGCUACAACGGGCAGAAUGGAACGUCCAGAUAGCUAUUGCGCGCUUCUUCGAUGGCGAACCAACAACAGACGCAUUGGCAGAAGCGCGAGCCGCCAUGGCUCCCGUUCCAAGACAGACCACGAAUCUUCAGUAUGAGGCUUUACUCGACGCCAGCAGACCUUCCGCAUCGGCGUCUCGGCCGCCAGAAGACCGAGUGGAGAAGAUCGAUACAGCAGCAUCUGGGACCACACACCAGCAGCCGUCAUUUCUUUUAUCGGCACUUUUGGUGCCAUUCCACCUGGCGUACCGGAUAUUUGGCACGCUGCUCGCGCCGUUCGGGUUCCUGGUGCCCACAAUCAUAUCCAGACUUCUCAGCCGACUCCUCACACAACGGUCAAGACCUGUCAGGAGAGCGCUGCCUCCUGGUGACAACGCCAGGAGGUUCAUUCGAGAGUUCGGGGAAACGUAUGGGGACAAUUCGUUACCGUUCGUGGAAUCAGGAUUCAACUUGACUCUCGAUAAUGCAAAGAAGGAUCUGAAGUAUCUGCUUGUGGUGCUACUCUCACCUGACCACGACGAUAAUGAAACAUGGGUCAGAGAGACUCUCCUGAGCUCGGAGCUAGCCUCUUUCCUGGCCUCGCAUAAAGAUGAGGUGGUACUCUGGGGAGGCAAUGUGCAGGAUGCUGAAGCGUACCAAGUUUCUUCUAGCCUUAAUUGCACCAAAUUCCCGUUCGCCGCAUUGAUCUGUCAAACAUCAGAUACGGGCUCGUCUGCCAUGACCGUGGUGAUGCGUGCAGCCGGACCGAUGGCAGCUGGAGAGUUGGUAGCGAAAUUGGGCUCAGCAAUGUCUGCACAGCAAACGCAACUACGAACCGCCCGAUCUCAACGGAGCGAACAGCAGGUUUCACGGAACCUCCGUCAAGAGCAGGACUCAGCAUACGAGAGGUCUCUGGCUCAAGAUCGGGAAAGGGCAAGGGUACGACGCGAGGAACAGCAAGCUCGUGAGCAAGCAGAGGCAGAGGCGAAGGCUGCCGCCAAAGCGAAAGAAGAUCUACAGCUGCGGACAGAACAGUGGCGACGUUGGCGGGCUCAAUCUUUGCCGCAGGAACCUGGUGCCGAAGUCAAGGACGCUGUUAGGGUCAGCAUCCGGCUGCCUUCUGGUGAGCGAGUGAUUCGCAAGUUCCAGCCUGACGCGACUGUGGAAGAGCUAUACGCCUUCAUUGACUGCCAUGGCAUCCUUGAUGGACAGUCUUCGUCAGAAAGGGCCACGGAGCCCAGUACCUAUACCCACAAGUUCGGCUUCAGGGUCGUCUCGCCUAUGCCUCGAGUGGUGUACGCAAUAGAAGAUGGGGUUACGAUUGGCGACAAGAUUGGAAAGGGGGCUAAUCUCAUUGUAGAACCGAUCAUAGACGAGGAGGGAGAAGAAGGGGCAUAG